AUGCUGCUCCUCUGCUUCGUCGGGACCUACCUGCUCAACUACUCAGUCAACUUCAUCUUCCCCGCCGUCAGUCCCAGGAUCUACCUCGCCGACCGCUACCAGAACGAACUGCGCGGCUUCUGGGUCGGCGACCUCAUGCGAGACGCCAUCAAGAAGGGUGCCGCCAACUCGUACGGAGCCUUCCCGUCGGGCCACGUCGCCCUCACGUGGGUGCCCGCCCUCGCCGCCUCCAAGCUGGGCUAUCGCGUCUACGGCCGGAUCUGCGAGGUGGCUGCGGCUGGCAUCACCUUGGCCACGAUCUUCCUUCGCUAUCACUACUUCAUGGAUGCCAUGUUCGCCACCCUCCUCAUCAUUUUCGGGCUCUACUUCGGCCGCCUCAUCGGGUGCCAGCCCUUCGACCGCAUCGACAAGAAGCAGGCCGAGACCCUCUAA